AUGUUUCCUCGAUUCGCUUUACCACGAUUGGACUUUAACAACACGGAGAAUCGAAUUCCGACCCCGCCACCAGCCGAGGCGUCGAGCAGUGCAAUCGGCAGCCCAAAGGAUAUUUCACAGAUUGACUACAUUCGAAAAUUCAUCUCCGACCGCCUCGUUUUCCCUGAGGAGGGCGUCUCACGGCAAUUCACCUAUGAUGAUUUGGAAGAGCUCUGUUUCCUCGGUCAGGGCACUUUCGGUCGAGUCAGCAAGAUGGUGCAUCGACAGACCGGGAAAAUCAUGGCUGUAAAGAAAGUUCGUUUGCUCACAAAUCAAGGAAACGAGCAAGAAACGAACAAAUCGAUGCAGAGGCUGAGAAUCGAAGUCGAAGCGAUCAAAAAGGCGAGCAACUGCGAGCAAAUCGUUCAAUUCUUCGGAGUCACCUUUCAUGAAUUUUUCGAUGAAAAAGUCCUUGGAUCGGUGGCUGUAUCGACAAUCAAAGCGUUGGAUCAUUUGAAAAACGAGAUGCACAUCAUUCAUCGAGAUGUUAAACCCUCAAACAUUCUGUUGGAUCGCCGCGGUUUAAUCAAAUUGUGCGACUUUGGGAUCUCCGGGUAUUUGGUGGAUUCAAUCGCACAGACAAUGGAUGCCGGAUGUCGUCCUUAUAUGGCUCCGGAACGCCUCAACUUCGCGAAAAAAGGCUACGACAUUCGGGCUGACGUCUGGAGUCUCGGAAUCACGAUGAUUGAGGUGGCUACCGGGAAAUUCCCGUUUCCAAAUUUCCUCAACCUUCCCCUUUUCGCUCAAUUGAAUCUCGUCGUUCACGGCGAUCCUCCACUUCUCAUCACCACCAAUUAUGAGCCGCUUACGAUCAAUUUCGUAAAUGGAUGUUUGAUCAAAGAGGCGGAAAGUCGACCGAAUUUCACCCAACUUAUGGACACGGAUUACUAUCGAAAAUACGCGAAUUUGAAAGAUUUCGCUCAUCUCGUUGCUGACUAUGUGAAUUUAGCAAUGAGCUCAACAAAUCAU